UUGUAGCGACGAUGGAUAAAGUCUUGGUGUUAGUGAUUAUUCUGGUACAGUACUUCCAUACAGAAGUAUCUGCUGGCUGUGAUUUACCGCAUAUUAGCUGUGAACGAAAGUAUGAAAAAGUCGGUGGGUUCAUUGAAAAGGACAACAGAGUAAUGCCAGAAUUGCUGUUAAAUGAUCGAGACUGUACAAGCGACAAGAACGAUGGUCAUAAACURGACUGGUACAAAUUCGAAGUAUCCAUCCACAGUCUGGCUUGUCGUUGCGCMGAAAUUGCAAAGAAAAAAGGCUAUAAAGUCUUUGGUCUGCAGUUCUAUGGCGAAUGCUGGAGCGGUCCAUUAGCGGAAGCAAAGUUUGCCGAAUAUGGAAGUGCAGAUCCCUCAAAAUCUUUACAAUUAACUGGCAACCCUCCCCCUCCUUGUGACAAGAAUAACCCUCAGGAGUGUGUUGGCGGACCUCUAAUAAAUUAUGUCUAUCGACUAAAAGAUGAUCAACAAUCAGCCGAUGUUGACGGUGGGUACUCUAAAUGGGCUGACUGGACUAAAUGC